UUGAUUAGAGGGAGUGGCACAAGUGCGCUUUUUUCGACCGCCGUAUAGGUCUUCCACUGCGCUUAGGCUAGGUUUUGAUGCCCAGGGCGCUCUAGGCGGGGCGCUGGGAGCAGCUCAUGGAGCCCUAGAAGUCGAUCGAUCUGGUCGCGGGGGAGCUAGAAGAAGCUGGGAUUCGCGAGGGUUUGCGAGCUUCCAGGAUGAAGGUGAAGAGGAAGAGAGGCGCGGAGACGCCACCGCGAAUCCGUUCGUUCAUCAAUAACGUAGUGAGCACGCCAUUGGAGAGCAUACACACUGUUUUGAGCAGCUUUUACUGGGAUUUUGAGAAGGGAGAUUUUUUCCACUGGCUGGAUUUGAUCAACCAUUUUGAUAGUUUCCUGGAGAAGUUUGUGACGUCGAGGAAAGACCUACAGCUUGAUUUAGAGGGUAGCGAUGAGAGUGACGUCCCCAAAGAGGCUGUUUUACAAGUUCUUCGGGUCACACGGUGUUUACUAGACAACUGCGUCAACAGGUCUUUCUACAACUCCUUGGAGCACCUGACUGUGCUGCUAGCGUCGACCGAUCCAGACAUUGUUCUUGAUACGCUUCUAACACUCGCAUCCUACGUAAAGAGGCCGGCACAGGUUGCAAGAGCUUUUCGGGUGCACAGGGAUCCGGUCAUGAAUGGGAAGCUGUUUUCCUUGUCGCAAGGUUGGGGUGGAAAGGAGGAGGGACUCGGCCUGUUGGCUUGCACGAGUAGCAGUGGGUGCGACGCAGAGGCUUGCAGAUUAGGAUCUUUCCUACAUUUUGAGUUCUACAAGGAAGGGGAAUCCCGCGACUCGAGUGCAUCGGGGCUGCAAGUUAUUCACAUUGAAAACCUUCAUCAGUAUCCAGGAAGUGAUCUUCAGGUGUUGAAGGCGUUGGUGGAGCAGUACAAGGUUCCAGACAACCUGAAGUUCUCGCUGCUGACUAGAAUUCGGUUUGCUCGUGCGUUCUCCAUCCUUGAGACACGGAGACAGUAUGUCCGCAUACGGCUCGCGGCAUUCACAGCUUUGAUACAGUCGAAUCCCGACCACGAGGACCUUGCUGCAUUCUUCGUGAACGAGCCGGAGUUUGUCAACGAGCUGGUUUCACUGCUCUAUCACGAAGAUGAAGUGCCUGAGGAUGUCCGGAUGUUGGCUCUGGGUGCCUUGGCUGGGAUGUCGAUGGAUCGACCACGUCAGGCUGCCGUUUACAGCGUGCUUACUGCGGGUGGGAAUUGUGGGAUCAUACCGACACUGGUGCAGAAGGCUGUAGCGUCGCUAGCAAGCACAACUCCCCACUACUCGCUGAAUUUCGUAGAAGCUCUUCUUCAGCUCGUGUCCGUACUGGUCUCAUCUUCUUCCGGUUGUGCGGCACUCCGAGAAGCCGGGUUGAUUCCUAUCCUUCUGCCGCUGUUGAAGGAUACCAACAGGAGACACAUACAUUUGGUGAUUCUGGCUGUGCACAUUCUAGAGGCUUUUAUGGACUAUAGCAAUCCAGCGAGCACGCUCUUCAGGGACUUAGGUGGUUUGGAUGAUACCAUCUUUAGGCUGAAGGUCGAAGUUAGUGCUUUCGAGGAUGUCUCGGGUGCUAGGCAAGAAGAAGCAUCCUCGUCCAAAGGAAAGGCUCCAAUCAGCGAAGACGCAGGUCCAACGCACGACAUCCCAUACCAUCACAGGGUUCUGCUCAAGGCACUGUUACGCGCGAUAUCUCUUGGCACUUAUGCACCGGGUGGUAAUGCAAGACUUCAUGGUUCAGAGGAGAGCUCGCUGCCGUUUUGUCUGAGUACCAUUUUCAAGCACGCAAAGCUGUUUGGUGGCGGGGUGUUUUCGCUUGCGGCAUCGGUUAUGAGCGACUUGAUACACAGGGAUCCAACUUGCUUUCCGUCGCUGGACAAGGCAGGACUCCCUGGUGCGUUUCUUGAUGCCAUCACCAGCGGCGUCCUUCCGUCAUCGGAGGCUAUCUGCUGCAUUCCAACUAGCCUCGACGCGAUUUGCCUUAACAACGCCGGACUGGAAGCUGUCAAGGACCGUGAUGCUCUUCGGUGUUUUGUCAAGAUAUUUACGUCGAAGAUGUACUUGAAAGCUCUGGCCAACGACACACCGGGAUCCUUGGCCUCCAGCCUGGACGAACUCAUGCGUCACGUCCCAGCUCUGCGGGCUCUUGGUAUAGACGUCUGCAUCGAGAUUUUGAGAACGAUAGCUGCGAUGGGAGGUGCGGUAGACGUUGACACACCCGUGCCUAUGGAUACUGACGGUGGUGAAGAAAAGCAACCAUCGGAGGACCCGGCACCCGAGACUUCAAGCUCAACCGCAGAAAGCUCGCUUUCCGAGUAUAUCAACAACUCGGUUCGGCUUUUAGAGACAGUGCUCCAGAAUGCGGACACAAGCAAGCUGUUUAUUGAGAAGGGUGGGAUUGAGGCAUUGCUGCAGCUCUAUACUCUACCGGAUUUGCCUGUCUCAUUCGGAGGAUCUUCUACGGCACACAACAUGUCGGUUACCUUCAGGGCCUUCCCUCCUCAACACGCAGCGACGCUGACGAAGUCUGUGUGCAAAGUACUCCGGGAAGAUCUUAAGGUUACUCUGGCACUUCUCGAGUCUAUAGCAGGUAGCCGUAUCUUUGAGUUGGAGACAGGUCUGAAGAUGAAGGUUCUAAGGAGCCUGUCCGCAACGGAGUGCUUUUUAUCGCUGUCUGCAGUCUUGGUGAGAAGUUCACCUGUGAUGCUGGCCGAAUUGAGCACAGGGGAGGCUGAUAUACUGCAUGACAUAGGACGGGUGCAUCGGGAAGUUUUGUGGCAAGUCUGCCUUGCCAGCGAAGGGAAGACAGAGAGCAAGAAGGAAGUGGAUGAAGCUUCGGCCAGUGCAGCAAGCUCCUCUUCUGCGAGGGAAAACGAAGAAGACCUGGAAAGCUUGUUCUCCGUUGGUGGAACGGACAGACAAACAGCGGUUCGUAGUGGUCCAGCUGACUGGGGGAUAGGUGCAGAUUUUUUUGCUCCGGUUCGAACAGACAGCCUUCACCGCCGAUCCUCGAGCCGUCGUGAGCCUGUCAGUACCGCCGAGGCUCUCUCACAGAUUGCACGAAUGGGUCGACUUGCACGGCAGGGCAUAACUUCGACAAACAUAGAAGUUGACACCGUUGUCGAGCAACCUCCAGUGCAGGAGUCCUCGAAGAGAAAGUCGCCGGAGGUGUUGAACUACGAGAUGGUGAUGAAGCUUGUUUUGGCAGCGCGAAGCUUGUAUCUGGCUCUGGGCAAGUCUAUGGUGAUACCUUCACGCCGGCGUGACGAUCUUGCGACGAUGAGCGUUCCUGCUAAGUCUGUGGCUUCGGGCAUUGCGAAGGUGUUUCUGGAGAACUUGUCAUUUGAGCCAGCCGGGGGAAGUCCGACUGUCAGAUGCCGAUACUUGGGGAAGGUUGCCGAGGAUAUACAAGCCGUUCUUUUUGACAGCCGGAGGAAGACGUGCAAUACAGUCUUGGUGAACAGGCUUUACGUUUAUGGCACCUUCGCACAUCUGUUGGAGACGUUUGAAGAGGUUAGCGAGCUGUUAUGGACAGUCGGGUUUGGCAACAUGCAAGCAGAGAACGGGAAGGAAGCCGAAGCUUCGGAUCAGAAGUCCGAAAGUCAUUCUUGGCUGUGGAACACCUUGCACAGCUACUUAAAGCUUAUAGAGCAGCUGGUUACGUCCACAACCUUGUUAAGUCCGAUAUCGGUAACACAUUUGCUCGUGCAGCCGGUUCAAGACGCACCGAUAGCAGCUCCCAAGGACGUGGAACAGUUCGUGCAGAGUAUGCAGAUGCAAGCACUCAACGCCAUUCUUCCCGUCUGGAACCAUCCCAGCUUUGCUGAAUGCAACACGACGUUUAUAACGUCUAUCGCUGGUAUUAUCCGACAAAUCUACGCGGGGGCAGGGGAUACCAAGUCCAGAAGCUCUUCGGGUGGUGCGAAUCCUCGUCUCGGUCCAGCACCAGACGAGGCAUUGAUCUCGACAAUAAUGGAGAUGGGAUUUCCACGUGCUAGAGCGGAAGCAGCACUAAGAAAUUCUGAGGCCAGCAGUGUGGAGCUGGCGAUGGAGUGGCUGUUCACUCAUCCGGAGGAGGUGACUCAGGAGGAAGAUGAGCUCGCUCGGGCAUUGGCUCUUUCUCUUGGCAACGCCGACGGUGAAGGCGAAGCAGGGAAGGCCACCGAGAUGACUGCGGAGGAAGAAGAAAUCGUACUGCAAAUGCCAGACGUGGAAAAGAUGGUGAACACGUGCGUCAACAUCUUGCAGAUGAAGGACGCGGUGAUCUUCACCCUCACGGACUUACUGGUGACUAUCAGCAAUUACAGCAGCGGCCGGGACCGUCCUUUAGUGGUAUCCUUCCUCGUGGAGCAACUGAAGCGGUGUCAUGCCGAAGGUGCUGAUUGGAACCGGCUAUCGACUGUCUCUCACUUGAUGGCGCUGGUCUUAACUGAAGAUACUCCUGCCCGGGAGGUUGCUGCAAAGAGUGGACUUGUCGGCACCAGUUUGGAAAUCCUGGCCUCCUACAAUGAUACCUCCUCGGAAACCCCAGUGUGGGUGACAGCACUGUGUUUGGUCCUGGAUCAGAUGCUCCAGGUGAAAGUGAACACUGACUCGACGCCUGCUAGCAACGCAAGCUCGAGCUCUAGUGGUGGUGAAGCUCAGGAUCAAACACCUUUUGCAUCCAUCUUGGGAAAGCCUGCGGGAUAUAUGACGGACGAAGAGCGAGAGAAGUCAAUGGCCGUGGUUUGCAGGUUGCUGCACAUGCCUCUGAUGCCCAUGCCUUUGCAAGCGGUCUUGCAGCUAUGUGCAAGGUUGACGAAAGUCCAUGCCAUGGCACUGCAGUUUCUCGACGGUGGGGGGCUCACUGCACUGCUGGAUAUUCCUCCGGCCAACUGGUCUGGUUUUGAUGAGGUUGCUGGUGCAAUUAUCCGGCACCUUAUGGAGGAUCCUCAGACGCUUCUCCUGGCUAUGGAAUCGGAAAUACGGCACUGCUUUACAGUUGCUGCUCGGCAGAAUGGACGCGUCUCUCCGCGCCUUUUCUUGUCAACUCUGGCGCCUGUCCUGACCCGUGAUCCAGCGAUGUUUAUGCAAGCCGCGGCAAACGUUUGUCAGCUGGAUUCUAGUAAUGGUGGAAGGCUUACCAUCACUCUGGCGAAGGAAGAGCGAGAGAAAGAGAAGGACAAGGAGAAGGCCACGGAGAAGGGGAAGGAAAAAGAACGACAAGGCAGCCGGGGCGAGGUGGCAGCCAGGAUCCAGGACAGAGGUGGUAAAGGCCACAAGCGAGUUCCUCAUAGCUUCUCCCGCGUUAUUGAUCAGCUGCUGGAAGUGAUUCUGCAUUAUCCUUCUGGCAAAGGUGGUGAUGGUACGUCAAUGGAGAUAGACAAGAAGCUGGAGAAAACAUCAUGUGAAACUGAAGCACUGCUUGAAGCGGCUGGUCGUGCGGCGGCGGGGAAAGUGAGCUUCAUUCUCAAACUGAUGACGGAGAUACUUUUGAUGUAUUCUUCGUCUGUCAGUGUUGUGCUGCGGAGGGACUCGGAGAGUAGCCAGGGCAGGGGUCCGUCACAGGCAGGAGCUGAGGCUGUAGGCCAUGGUGGACUUCUAUAUCACAUUGUUCACAGGAUUCUACCCGAAGGAAUUCACCAAACGCCUGCGGACGUUGUUGAAGUCGGGAAGCUUUCUGAGAGGGCUGCAGCUUUUCUGAGAGCUGUCUGCGUGCGGUCUGGUGAAGGAAGGCGGAGGGUGCUCAACGAAAUUGUGAAGGCGUUGAAUAUGGCUACUCAGGCACCUUCAGGAUCACAGUCUUCACAACCGACCAUCAAGAGGAUCCAUGCAUUCGUCAACUUGAUCAUCUCAAUCUUGCUUUCGCCGUCAACUGGAAAUCCUCAGACCUUGGGAUUCUCCACUGACAUGUCGAAGGCAAUGGUUGACGCAGGAAUGGUGCGGUCCCUGACGAAUAGUCUCCAGGCGGUUGAUUUGGACCACCCCGAUGCUAACAAGGUUGUCAACGUCGUCCUUAGAGCAUUGGAGGUGUUGUCCCGAACUGGAAGCAGUUUGGAGCAGCCUGCCGGGGUCGAGGGUGGCAAUCAGAAGGAAGGAGAUGCGCAGCAAUCUGCAAGUGAAAAUCCACUGCAGCUGCAGCACGAUGGUGAGAUAGCUCAACACGCUGAUCAACAAGAGCAGCUCAACAGUUCGUCCAUGGCCGAGGACACGAGGCAGGAGCGUGACAAUCCUCGCGCUGAGGCUGAAGUUUUCAUGCAGGAGGUUGGCGAGGUGCUCAAUGACGCUGGAAGAGGGAUGGUUUUCCGGGUGAACUCUGGAGCAGAUGUAGGGGAUGAGGAGGAAGAAGAGGAAGAUGAGAUGGAAGUUGACGAUGGGGAGGAAGAGGAAGAAGAUGAGGAGGAAGAGGAAGAGGAGGAUGAAGAUGCUGAAGGCAACGACGGUGUUCCUCACAUGUCACCUCCGGAUACUGAUGUAGAGGACCAGGACAACAGCCUGAGCGAUGACUUCGAAGACAUGGGCGACCUCGAUGAUGGUGCCUGGCAGGGAGAUCGGGUGAUUGAAGUUCGAUGGACUGAUGGACUGACGGGCCUCAACCACGUUCACGUACUCGGCCAGAGCAACAGGAACACGGUCGAUCUACAUGUGGAGACGUUCCAGAACAUGAGCAUGGACGACAUUUUUGGAUCUUUCAGACAGUCGAGGGGUGCGGACAGAUCCCGUGUCGGGACGUAUCGAUCAGGUGCUUCCAACGGCGUGCCGAGAGGAGGUGCUUCUCGUCAUCCACUUUUGGUGCGACCAUCUCAAGGGACUGGGCCUGGAGUGUCGACUGCCUCGCUAUGGAGUGGCAACACUAUCAGAGACGUAGAAGCUUUGCUGGCGGGUAAUUCUGAAGGUACUCGGAUAUUCAUGACGGAUCAAGUCACCGAUGCGUUGUUUGGAGAACGGGGAGCCUUGCAACCUGCUCAGAUACUGGACGCGUCCAUGGACCCCAUGCUACUGAUGGGACGUAGAGGUGGCAGGAGUGAAUCGCGUCUUAGCAGUUGGACGGACGACGGGCAAACGCAGUCAGGAACUCAAUCAACAGCUGUUGCUCAAGCAGUCGAAAGUGCCUUCGUUGCACGGCUUCAAGCGUUGGCUACGUCUGAUGAUCAGCCAGAAGCUGCAAGACAAGCUGGUACCGAAGCACCAAGUGCUGAGCCGGCUGCAAAUGCAGUUGCAGCUGAUGCUCCUGCUCAGGAGACGCAAGCUACUGGGGACGCAGAGCGCCGGGAACCUUCGGGUAUUGCUUGUCAAACAGAUUUAGAUAUGGCGGUACAGGAUGUCCCAGCCGGUCAGAACUCUGAACGAAGCCAAGAUAGUGGAGGAAGCGGUGCAACUCUUGGUGAAAGUUUGAGGAGCCUGGAAGUCGAGAUUGGUAGUGCCGAUGGCCGGGAAGAGAAUGAUAGGCAAGUUCACUCUGAACGGCUCGGUGCGGAAGAAAUGAUUCCAGCUCGUGGUUUGGAAUCGGCUAGUAGGGAGGCUCACAUGGAAGUUGACGAAGACCUGGACAAUGUUGUCAGCCAGCAAGCGCAAGCGACUGUGCAGGAGGAUUCAGUUCAGGCGCAGGCUACAGAUCAGCAGGAUGCUGGGGAAGAGAUCACGGGAAGAAAUGAUGCAAGCUCUAUCGAUCCGAGGUUUUUGGAGGCUCUUCCCGAGGAUUUACGAGCAGAAGUUUUGGCUUCCCAGCAGAACCAGAGUAGCAGAAACAACGUUGAAAAUCAUCCGACUCCUCCCACUGAGGAAAUCGAUCCGGAGUUCCUGGCUGCGCUACCUCCCGAACUUCAAGCUGAAGUGCUUGAGCAGCAGCAGGCUCAGCGCAUCUUUCAAAGUCAGCAAGUUGAAGGUAGACCAGUGGACAUGGAUAGUGCAUCAAUAAUUGCCACUUUCCCGGCUGAAUUAAGAGAGGAGGUGUUGCUGACAUCAUCGGACGCUGUUUUAGCUGCGCUGUCUCCUGCGUUGCUUGCCGAGGCACAGCUGCUUCGGGAAAGAGCCAUGGCCAACAUUCCGACAAGAAACCCGUUCGGGGGACCUAGGCUUACUGCGAGGAGGACGAACGGCAUUGAUAGGGGCGUCAGUGCGGGAAUGUUUUCAGUUGGUCGCAGAUUACCUUCUGCUCGAAGCUCGGGUUCUGCUUCUGGUCCAAAAGAGCCCGAAGGGAAGGCUUUGGUGGAUGAGCAAGCUGUGAAAACGCUAGUUCGGCUGUUGCGCUUAGCACAGCCAUUGAUUAAAGGUCUACUGCAAAGGUUGCUUUCGAAUCUUUGUGUCCAUAGUGGAACCAGGUCUGCAUUGCUCCGUCUUCUAUUGGACAUGCUCAGGCCAGAAUCGGAGGGAUACUGUGCAGCCAUAUCAGCUGAUGGUGCGCCCUCUCAGAGGCUUUAUGGCUGUCAGUGGAACGUCGUGUAUGCACGCGCUCAGCUGUCGGAUGGAAUUCCACCGCUUGUUUCUCGUCGAGUAUUGGAAGUACUGACACAUUUAGCACGUAGUCAUACCUCUGUAGCAAAGUCUCUACUAUACCUGGAGCAGGAACCAUCAGAAAGAGGAAACGAAGCUGCUGAUAAGGGAAAGGAGAAGAUGUAUGAGAAUCCGUCUUCUUCGACCGCGAGCGAUAUACAACCGAAGUAUAUACCGAUAGUUUUGUUUUUAAAACUGCUGGACAGACCACUCUAUUCUCGCAGCAGCCAACAUCUCGAGCAAGUUCUUGGCUUGCUAGAAGUAGUCACGAGUUGCACUGGUAUGGACAGUGAUGCGAUUGACAACUCAAAUGGCCUUCCUUCGGAUACUCAGCCAUCGGAUGCUCCUCAAGAGACAUCUUCUGAGUCACCUCAACAGCAACCGGAGAACCCGCCAAGUCCAUCGAUUACUUUGAGUAAAACGGAAGCUGAUAUUCUUUCAAAGUUGCCAAAGAAUGAGCUCUGCAACAUGUGCAGACUUUUGGCACAGGAUGGGUUAUCUUCUGUUUCAUAUUCCCGUGUUUCCGAAGUGUUGAAGAAACUAUCGGACGCUGUUCCGUUGCACCGUCGACUGUUUAUUUCAGAACUGGCAGACGCAGCUCAUAAACUUAGUGUCCCGGCCGUCAAUGAGCUGCGGUCGCUGGCGGACAAUAUUUCCGGUGGAAGCUCUUCGGCUGGAACUGCAAUUUUGAGAGUUUUACAGGCUCUUAGCGCCCUUACAAACCGGGACGCUAAAGCAGACGAGCUCCAGGACAUCAUACGCGAGCUUAACGUCGUUACGGAACCAUUGUGGCAGCAACUCAGCAUAUCCAUAGGAAGGAUAGAAAGCAGGCUUACUACGAGUUCGUCUUCAAGCAUUGUAGGUGCUUUGGGGGCCGUCACCUCUCCACUUCCCCAAGGGUCUCAGAAAGUGCUGGAUUUUGUGGAGGCGUUUCUGGUUUUGUGCGAGAAGCUGAGACCACAGACCGAGGGAACAGGGAUUGAUCUAGAAUCACCACCAAGCAGCACGUCCGAUUGGGCUCACACUGGCAGUUCGAGUUUCAAGUUGACGAAUAGACCCGACGAAAGAGGCUUGAACUUUAUACGGUUUGCGGAGAGGCAUCGUCGGCUUUUGAACGCCUUCUUGCGGCAAAAUUCGGGCUUGCUGGAGAAGUCUUUCUCGCUUCUACUCAAGACUCCCAGGCUUAUCGACUUUGACAACAAACGAGCCUACUUCCGAUCAAGGAUCAGGCAGCAACACGAGCAACAGCACUUCGGACCUCUUCGGAUUUCGGUCAGGAGAGCCUACGUGCUGGAGGACUCGUAUAACCAAUUGAGAAUGCGGACUCCUGAUGAAGUGAAGGGGCGGCUUACAGUGCAGUUUCAAGGGGAAGAGGGAAUAGAUGCGGGUGGCUUGACCAGGGAGUGGUACCAGCUGCUUUCACGGGUUAUCUUUGACAAAGGAGCGCUUCUGUUUACGACCGUGGGGAACGAGUCCACUUUCCAGCCCAACCCGAACUCGGUGUAUCAGACGGAACACCUUUCGUACUUCAAGUUUGUUGGCCGUGUGGUUUCUAAGGCGUUAUUUGACGGGCAGCUUCUGGAUGUCUACUUUACUCGAUCGUUUUACAAGCAUAUACUUGGCACCAAGGUGACAUAUCACGACAUUGAAGCUGUUGAUCCCGACUACUACAAAAACUUGAAGUGGCUCCUUGAGAAUGAUGUGAACGACAUCCUUGGGCUAACAUUCAGCAUCGACGCGGAUGAAGAGAAGCACAUUCUUUACGAAAAGACUGAGGUGACUGACCACGAGCUGGUUCCUGGAGGCCGAAACAUCCGAGUGACGGAAGAAAACAAGCACGAGUAUGUGGAUCUCAUCGCGGAGCACAGAUUAACCACGGCGAUCAGACCCCAAAUCAACGCCUUCUUGGAAGGCUUUAAUGAGCUGGUCCCCAGAGAGUUGAUAUCCAUCUUCAACGACAAGGAACUGGAGCUCCUCAUCAGUGGUCUGCCUGAAAUAGAUUUGGAUGAUUUGAGAGCCAACACCGAGUACACGGGCUACAGUAGCGGUUCCCCAGUGGUGCAAUGGUUCUGGGAAGUGGUACAAGACUUCAGCAAGGAAGAUAUGGCUCGGCUUUUGCAGUUUAUUACGGGGACAUCCAAGGUCCCACUGGAAGGCUUUAAGGCACUGCAAGGCAUCUCAGGGCCUCAAAAGUUUCAGAUUCACAAAGCUUACGGUGCACCGGAGCGUCUCCCUUCGGCUCACACAUGUUUCAACCAGCUCGAUUUGCCGGAGUACUCGUCCAAAGAUCAAAUGCACGACCGGUUGCUCCUGGCGAUCCACGAAGCGAGCGAAGGAUUUGGAUUCGGCUAAAGUGGCUUGUCGCAGGAGUAUGUGUAAAAUAAGCUUUCUUUUCUUCCCGAGGUGGUGCAUUGCCGGACGAAAUUUUUUUUUUCCUUCCCUUCUUGCUUUGUUCCUCUUAUCUGUAUAUACACAGCAUUUUGCUUCCUUGAAAAGGAACAACUAGAAUAAAUUAGCAAAUGCCAAGGGUAUA